ACAGCAUCCUUAUACCCAGGUUUAUGGCCACUCCCCCACUCUGCUUGGGCCAAUAGGAAACCAGAGGGGCGAGGCGUCUGUGCUUGCGACUCUGGCGCGGAAGCACUGCCCCCGUUUCUUCUUCCUGAGUGCUUCGCUUAUUUUCUCAUCCGUUUGUGUUGCCGCCGCCGUUGCCGCCAUCGUCGGAUCCGCCCAGCCUCAAAUCCCGGGCAUUUUGCUGGGAUCUGGACUGUCGGCUGCUGGCUGGAGCGGUCCCGCUUUGAAAAGAGCUUCUGCUUGGCAAAACACAGAUUAAUGAUGUCUCAUUUUUCUAUUGAAGAUGAAGCUCUCUUACAACCUAUGCUCAGACAGUUAUUGCAAAGUGUCAAAGAAAAAAUCACAGGAGCUCCAUCCGUAGAAUGUGCUGAAGAGAUUCUACUCCAUUUGGAAGAAACAGAUGAGAACUUUCAUAACUAUGAAUUUGUAAAGUAUCUUAGAGAAUAUAUAAGUAACAUCUUGGGGUCCGUAAUAGAAGAAGAAACUGAAAAAUGUACCUCAGCCCAAAAUCAGGGGGAAGGUUCGAAUUAUGACACUCUGGUACAGCAUGUUACUAAAAAGACGCGGGAAUCAAAGGAGUAUAGAGAAAUGAUGCAUUCGCUGAAGAAUGUCAUGAUGGUUGUAGUUGAAUCUCUAAUUAACAAGUUUGAAGAAGAUCAAAUGCGCUACAAGGAGAUGCAAAGAAAAGUGAAAACAGAACCACCCAACAGUUAUGCAGAUAACUGUUCUGAUAGUGAUUCUUCCUUUAACCAGAGUUACACGUUUAUGAAUCAAGAACAAUUACAGCUGCUUGUAGAAAGACUGGAUCCAACACAACCUAAGGAGGUCCGCCAAGAAGCCAUUCAAACCUUGUGUUCUGCACCCCCAUCUGAUAUUUUAAAUUGUGAAAGUUGGAGUACCUUACGUAAACAUCUUGCAACAGCACUCUCGGAUCCUGAUUCCAGUUUCAGUGAUAAAGUCUUGAAAUUUUAUGCCAAGACAUUUUCUUCCUCUCCAUUAAAUAUGACAAGAGACCUCUAUACAAGCUUAGCAAAGUACUUAGAGGCAUAUUUUCUUGCUGAAGAUAAUUACAUUCCUAGUGUAUCAAUGGGUAUUGACAUAAGUAACCCAGACGUAAUACGUUUACUUAAAAAGAUGCGACUCCUGAAUGAGUACCAGAGAGAAGUCUCUUCUUUUUGGAUACGUCAUCCAGAAAAGUACAUGGAAGAAAUAAUGGAGAGUACUUUAUCCCUUCUGGCUGUAAGGCAUAAUAAUUUAAGUCAGAUGGCUUCUUCCGAAUUUUGGGAUCCCGUAUACUUUUUGGCUUUGGUUGAUCUCAAAGCUGUGUGGUUUAAAAAAUGGAUGCAUUCCUACUACAGCAGAACAGUAGUGUUAAGGCUACUUGAAAAGAAAUACAAAUCUUUGAUCAUUGCAACUGUUGAGCAGUGUGCCACCUAUUUGGAAGCUUGUGAAUCAGCAGUGAAUGGAUCAAGAAUGUUUAAUAUAUUUUCCACACCACAUAAUAGUAAUAAACAAAAGAAUUUCUACACAGGAAAGGAAUUGCAAUAUAUUUAUUUUGUUCAUUCCCUGAGCCUCUUAGGCAGAUUAUUAAUAUACAAACAAGGCAGAAAACUCUUUCCUAUUCAACUGAAAAACCGAAAAGAUCUGAUGACACUGACGGACCUCAUCAUAAUGUUUACGCGUCUUAUUUAUUGUUCUCCAAAUUGCCCCAAAUCCCUUACUGUGCAUUCAGGUAAUUAUUCUCCAGCUGGCCUCAUUACUGAUAUACUCCGGGUCCUUUGUGAUGGAAAGGAAUGUGCAACUGAAUGUCUAUAUACAAAUACAGUGAUAGAAGAACUUCUUCAACCCCUACAUUAUUUACUGAAAGGAACAGAGGUGAAUUGUCCAGAAACAACUCUAACACAUAUAGCUGAUAUUUUGGCGCGAAUUGCUGCUGCAGACGAUGGUCUUUCACUACUUCUUUAUGGAGGAGAAAAGCCGCCUGCCACAGAAAGCACAAGCCUUAAAGGUGCACAUGUUAUUGCCCAGUUUACGAAGAAGCUUCUUGAUGAAGAUAUUUCUGUUUUGUCUGGAUCUGAGAUGUUACCAGUCCUCAAAGGAGCUUUUAUCUUUGUAUGCCGCCAAAUGUAUAGUUCCUGUGAAGGCUUAGAGGUGCUGCUGCCUUAUCAGUUACAUAACUCUAUUGCUGAAGCUUGGAAAAAGACUAGUUUGCUUUCAGAGAGAAUUCCAACACCUAUAGCUGGGGUAGAUAUUGUUUCUUCAGUAAACCAAGAAUCUCAGAGUUGUAUUGUAUUAGAAGAAACGUUGUUGGAUGACUUGCUAAAUUUUGCUACCACACCGAAAGGCCUUCUCCUUUUACAGAACACAGGAACAGUCACUGAAUGUGUCACCUUCAUGUUCAACAGGUUCAUGAAGAACCUCCAGGUGAGUGGAUGUGAAAAGUUUGGCUAUGGAGUAAUUGUUUCACAAGUAGCUGCAACUGCCCCUGGGGCUGCAGCUCUACAAAAUUCGGGAUUUAUAAAGGCCCUUAUUACUGAAUUGUGGGGUGUUCUGGAGUGUGGAAGAGAUGAUGUCCGAAUGACUCACCCCAGAUCAACACCAGUAGAUCCAAUUGACCGAAGCUGCCAAAAGUUUUUCGUAGCUCUGAUAAAUUUGCUGUCCUGCCCUGCUGUUUAUGAACUGAUAGGUGAUCAAGAGAUACCUAAUAAAGCCGAGUAUUCUCUUCGUGAAGUUCCUACAGAUGUUGUUGAUAUAAUUGACAGGCUUAUAGUUGUUAACACUGAAGCUAAAAUCCAUUCAUUAUUCAACUAUGAGCAGUCUCAUAUCUUUGGACUGAGGUUAUUAAAUGUGCUGUGCUGUGAUCUAAAUACAUUUCUGCUUCUAGAAUCUCAAUACAAGAUAUCAGAAGUGCUUUUAGAUGCCCAGAAUGAAAAUGCCAUCAGUAUUUCUGAAACUCCUCGGCAAUUUAUAAUUGAUGGCUUAUCGGUUGAGAGAAACCAUAUUCUCGUUAGAAUAAGUCACAUUGGGGGCCCAACCGAACGGAUCUUGCCUCUGAGAGUACUGCAUAAGGGUGAUGAUCCAUAUCCUUGGCCAAUGUUUUCAUCAUAUCCCUUGCCAGCAUGCUAUCUUGCUGAAUUUCCUAGAAAAAACCAUUCAAGGAAAGAUGACGAUGUUAGCAAACUUUUAUCUGUAUUAAAAAACCCAAAUAAACAGGCGGGAUGGCUUGAAAAUGUUCAAAGGCAAUUUUGUGAAAUGAUGCAAAAGAAACCAGAUGUCGUAAGUGGAGCCAAUUUGGCAGAAUUAAUUGAAAAAAUUGUGUUGCACCUCUUUGAAAUACCAUCAGAACAUUAUUUCAGCAGCAAAGUGUAUGAAGCUGAUGUAAAUAUGGAGAUUAAAAACCUUACAGCAAUUCAGCAACUUGGUAUUAAAAUGACAAUAAGCUAUGGUAAACAUUUGAAUCUGCUGAAGGAGAAUGCAGAAAAUGAUCUACAUCAAGUGCUAAUCUACUGUGAGAAAUAUUUGAAACAACAGAAAGUACCUUUAAGGAAAUCAUUAUAUAAUCAGCAGGAUGGAUACGUAUGCUAUGACUGGUUUGUAUCUUCUGUGUUUCUAAUAAUGAUGGGAAAUCGAGAGAAGACAUUAACAUUUCUCCACCAGUUCUCCUAUCUUCUUGUUUCAGCCUUUCUUUGGGCACCACGGCUGCAUAAUUCUAUACAUCUGCCUGUAGACACAGCAGCAUCUGGCAUCCAUCCAGUCUACUUCUGCAGUGCUCACUAUGUUGAGAUGUUGCUGAAAGCCGAGUUGCCACUUGUUUUUUCUGCUUUCCAUAUGUCUGGAUUUACUUCAUCACAGAUCUGUCAGCAGUGGCUCACACAGUGUUUCUGGAAUUAUAUGGACUGGAGAGAGAUUUGUCAUUAUAUUGCCAUUUGUAUUUUCCUUGGCCCAGAUUACCAGAUAUAUAUGUGCAUUUCUGUGUUCAAACAUCUACAACAAGAAAUCCUUCAACAUACCCAGGCUCAGGACCUUCAAGUUUUUCUUAAAGAAGAAGCACUCCAUGGAUUUCAGGUGAAUAAUUACAUUGAGUAUAUGGAAAGCUUGGCUCAAACAUACCGACCAAUUCUAUUAAGAGACAUGAGGAAUAUUGGAGUGCCAAGCACGUAGAUCAAGCAGAUGAGCAUAUCAUUUCAAAUUUUGGUUAUGUACUUUAAGGGGGCAGUGAUUGUUUUAUUUCCUUCUCUGUAAAAAAUAUAUUCAUUGUCGCUAUCCUUGCAGCCAAAUCAAUAAGGUUUUUCAGCAUACCAUUUUCACAAGACAACAUCCUCUAAAUUGGAUCAUCUGAAAAAUAAUGUGUUUUUCUAGCCAGGUGUCAUUGUUUGUUUACACUUGGUUUCAGAAAGUAGCUUUGAAUUACUUAAAUGUUCUGUUUAUAUUUGCCAAGGAGCAGUGUCUAUACUAUUAAACUUUGCUUCCUAACAUUUCUAAAUUGCUGAAGGUUCAGUAGUAAGGAAUGGUAAUUUGAAUGUGCACAUAACUUUCAAGCGCUUCAAAAAUUAUCUUGGGAGGUCAAAAAGUAAAGUAUAGUUACAACUCCUGAGUGGCUCAGUUUGAAGUGAAAUGAAAGGUUUGUUAUAGUUUUUUGCUGUAAAUAUUUUUUUUAAAUAGUACUGUACACUCUAAAGCAUUGACUUGAAGUUGUAGAAGGGCAUAAAUUAACACUUCUGUAGAUCUGUUAAUAUAAAUGUAGAUUUUAUUCUCUGUUUUAUUGAAACUAAAUAUAAAGAAAUAAAACUUUGGGAACAUACAUGAA